AUGAAGUUAAGGAAAAUUAAAUUUCAACAAAUAUCAGGAAAAUCUCAAUCUUAUACAUUAAUGGACAAAAAAAAUGUGAAACUGCUCCGAUUACUUAGAGAAAAGAUAAGUAGUGAUUAGUAUUUGAAAGGAUGUGUCAGCACAGGAAGGGGAUGUGUAGAAAAAUUAUGGUCAUGUAAUACUUAGAAUUAAGAUAUUAUAGGUUAUAUAGGGUCAGAUGGAAUUUGUGAAUAUGAGGAGAAGUUAGAAUUUGUGAAAAUGGAUUAUUCAAUUCAGCUGAGGAUUGCUAAAAAUAUAAAAUUGGUUAAGUUGCUAUAGCAAAAUCAUGAGUAACUACUUUGCAAAAUUUUUCAAGUUAUAAGGGAAAUAAAAAUACUUGUUUGUGAUUAAUAGGUUUAGAAGGGAUGUGUAAAGGAAUAGAUGAUAAUUAAUAGUAAACAUGUGGCAGAUGAAUAAUUAUAGAAAAUAUCGAAACUUUGUAAGACCAAUAGAAUGGAAUGGGUGUAUAAUUUGAAAUUAUUUAAUGAAUAUGAUGGAAGCUUCAACGAUGGAAUCUGAUGGAAAAUGCAAAGGUUGCACAGAUGGAAAAUGUUAAAAGAGAACUUGUUAGGAUGCUCCAAGCACUUAUAACACGGAUUAUGAAUGUAAGAAUUUUUAAUCAGGCUGUGUAACAAAUAGUAAUGGAUGUAUAAUUUAAAAAAGUUUUUAAUUAACUCUCACUGCAGAAUUUUAAUGGAAUUAGUGUUGUGUAGACUCUAUAAAAAGUUCUAAUUUUAAUACUCAAUUUAUAUGUGAAAACAAUUCAGCCAUCAAAUACUCAUUUGUAGAUGGAAUACUACUAAUUAUUACUCAAAAUGUUUAUGAAAGAAUAAUACUUAUCAACAUUUAUAGUGCUCUGAUUUAACUGGGAUUAAGUAUGAUUCUGAUUGAACAUGUUUACAAGUAAUGUCAAAUUGUCUCUACAGCACUUAUGAAUGUGUAGACAGAUAGAGCGAUUGUUCGCUAUUCUAUUGAAAUCUGA